AUGGCCGACGCCCCCUCCUCGUCCGGUUGCGGCGGCGGCGGCCACCACACGUCAGCCUCGCAAUCCACCGCCACACACACCUCACCGGCAUCUUUCGACGGCGGUCUCCUCCUCCGCCUCCUCCAAAACCCUCCCUCUGCGCACUCGCGAGAGGAAUUCCUCGCCCCGCCCCCCGUCGCACCGGGGGCGUACCACUUGUUCAGUGACCCUGCCGUCGCCGCCGUGGGGCCGCUCUUCGCCGCAUCGGCGCAGGCGCAAGGGGGAGACUUCGGGUGGUCUUCCACCUCCACCACGCACUUAGAGCAGCAACCCGAAUUCCCGGAUCCCCGAUUGGCUCCAGGGGAACCCUUCGCUGCUCUUGCCGGCAGAGGGUUCGGAUCCGGGGAUGCCGUCAGGGCGGAGAGGCCUCGGCCGGGGGCGCCACCUCCAGGGUUUGGCAAACCGUCGCCUCCACCACCUACUGCCCGUGAUGCGCGUAAUGCAUCUGCUGUGGUAUUGAGUAGGGAGCAGUACAAUCCUCGUCCAAUGGAUUUCGUUCCGGCUCUUGCAGAUGUUCGUGAUGCGGUUGGCAGAAUGCCUCAUGGACACGGAGAGCAGCUUUCAAUGCCAAUUACUGGUGGGUGUGAUGCGGCUGUAGGAAUGAUGUAUAGGGAACAGCAGCAAGAUCGACUUUUGUCACGGACACCGCCUGAGAUCAAUGCCAAUGGACAGUUUGGCAGGAUGCGUCUUGGAGAGCAGCAUACACUUCCUAUCUUAGGUGGCAGGAGGCUCCCUGGAGAUCAGUACAUACCUCCAGUCCAGGAAGGCAGGGCACCACAUAGUGGUCAUGGUCAGCAUGAAUCCUGCUUAACCAAUCCUCUACAAAGGGAGCAGAGGUGGCAGGGUUUUAGGGAGGACAAGGGCUAUGUUUCGCGGAAGGUGCCAAAUGCGAAUGCCCAUUACACAUUUGGUAAGGCACUGGUGAAGGAGUUGCACCAUGUGACAGUACCUGCUGGCAGUUCAGUUCCAGUGGAAAUUAUGGAGAAUCAAGAAAGUGGUUUGGAAGGCGGCAGAAUAGGGAAAGUAGUUUUGGAGCAUGGAAUUGAUGGAAAGGUGGUAGUGGAGGCAAGUAAGUUUGAAUUGUCAUAUGAAAAGAGUAAGAUUAGAUUUGCUGGACAUGAUGAACAAUAUGAUGGCGAUGACAGGGAGGAUUCUAUAAUUGAGCAGAUGACACAAAAUCUGGUGAUUCAUGGCAAUGGUGAUGCCAAGGGAGUAGUAUUGGAGAAAACUAUCCCGAGGAGUAAGGAUUUCAGAUCAGACUUUUCUAGAGGGCAUCAUGUAUCAAGUCAGAGAAUAAGAUUCCAGAAGAGAAACAGGCCAUGUCGAUAUGACAUAGAUCGAUUUACACCUAAUUUCUUGUCAAUUUUUGAAUCUUUGAUGCCCUCUGAGGAGGAAAUUGCAAAGCAGAAGCAGUUGUUAACAUCUUUGAGCAGACUGAUAAACACAGAAUGGCCUAAUUCAAAACUAUACCUCUAUGGAUCAUGUGCCAAUUCUUUCGGUUUCUCAAAUAGUGAUAUUGAUCUUUGUCUCUCUAUUGAUGACAAGGAAAUGAGCAAGGUUGAUAUUAUAUUGAAAUUGGCAGACAUUCUCCAAGCUGGAAAUCUCCAGAAUAUUCAGCCAUUAACUCGAGCAAGGGUCCCAAUAGUGAAGCUUAUGGAUCCAGAAACAGGGCUUUCCUGUGAUAUAUGCGUCAAUAAUCUUUUGGCAGUUGUUAACACAAAACUUUUGCGAGAUUAUGCACAAAUAGAUAGAAGGUUACGGCAGUUGGCAUUUAUUGUGAAGCAUUGGGCUAAAAUUCGACGUGUAAAUGAAACUUACCAAGGAACACUUUCUAGUUAUGCCUAUGUGAUAAUGUGCAUUCACCUCCUACAGCUGCGAAGAAUACUCCCAUGUCUACAGGAAAUGGAGGCCACUUAUUAUGUCAAGGUGGACGAAAAUAACUGUGCUUACUUUGACCAAGUGGAGAAGCUAAAUAAUUAUGGUGCUCACAACAGAGAUACAAUAUCAAGGCUGCUCUGGGCCUUUUUCCAUUACUGGGCAUAUGAGCACGAUUACACAAGAGAUGUCAUAUCAAUUCGUACUGGAAGGAUUAUCAGUAAGGAACGGAAGGACUGGACUAGACGAGUUGGAAAUGACAGGCAUCUCAUAUGCAUCGAAGAUCCAUUUGAGAUCUCCCAUGAUCUCGGUCGCAUAGUUGACAAGUUCACCAUCAAAAUACUCCGGGAGGAAUUCGAGCGAGCAGCUAAUAUAUUACAGUUUGAUCCGAACCCCAGCAUAACACUCUUUGAGCCCUACGUGCCCCCUCUAUUGCCGAGCCUGUUGCAAGAAGAAACUGCGAAUGCUGCAGAAAUUGAACUAUGA